AUGGAUGAAGGGGAGAGGAAUCCCGGAAUAUCCCAUUGUAAUUUCAUAUUCCAACAUUCCAGUGGCAAUAUGGCUCAAGCAAUCGAACAAGUCCCUUAUUUUCCAGAUCGUAUUGAGUACGAAACUCGUAUGUUUGACCAUUCUCAGAAAGGACCCGUGGAUACGAUUCUUCCGCUUGGAUUUCCUCAAAGAUUGGCCUCAAAUAUGGCGUGGAAAAAAGAAAGUAUCUCUGUGGAUCGCCCAUCAGGUGCUGAGAUUCCAUACCUGGUAAUUCUACAAGCUCCACAGCUGGUCGAGAUAGAUGCAGCGCUCAGACACUUCAAAAACCUGAAUCAACCAAUGGAAACUCUUGAACCGUCAACGUUUCCUCUGCCGUGUUUACACUCAAUCCUCCGAUCCGCAUCAGACAAUCUGCAUUCGGGCUAUGGGUUCACACUUAUUAGAGGAGUUCCAGUAGAGCAAUAUUCUCGUAAAGAGAAUAUGAUCAUCUUUGUCGGGAUCUCGUGUCAUAUCGCCGCCAUUCGCGGUCGGCAAGAUCAUCAAUUUGAGGGGCAGCCUGCAGACGUUAUGCUGGCCCACAUAACCGACAUGCGACGUCCCGGUGACGUACAAAACUUUUCCCUAGCAGCGUAUUCAGAUGGAGAAGUGGUAUAUCACACGGAUGUGGGGGAUAUAGUGUCCCUUUUUGUGCUAAGUGAGCCCUUAAAUGGCGGUGAAAGUCUUCUUGCGAGUGCAUGGACCGUAUAUAAUCGUCUGGCUGAGACCCGCCCAGAUCUGAUCCGCGUAUUGGCGGAGGACUGGCCGAUUCCUAGCGCACAAAAGCCCGGUCUAAUCACUCACCGACCACUUCUGUUCUAUCAGCCAGCUUGCGGUACAGCUCCAGAACGAGUGAUCUUGCAGUUCUCUCGACGCUCAUUCUCUGGAUUUGGUGCUCACUCACAGAUGAAUAUGCUAAGCCCCAUCCAAGUGGAGGCACUGGAUGCUCUUCACUUUCUUGCAGAAGAGUGCCAUGUAGCCAUGAAGCUAGAGAGAGGUGACAUGCAGUUUGUCAAUAACCUAAGCAUGAUACAUGCUCGAAACAGCUAUUUAGAUGAUUCAGACAAUCGCCGUCAUUUGCUACGCCUGUGGCUUCGCGAUCCCCAAAACUCAUGGGUCACGCCAGAGCCACUUCGUGAUCGUGCCAAUCGAAUCUAUGACGAAGGAUUUCGAAGAAGCCCGCAAGUAUUUCCUGUGGAUCCAGCCCCUAGAUCGGUAGGAAACCUUAAAAGGCCAGGGAUUGAAGUUAACACAGGGAAUACAACA